AUGGUUCGUUACCGAAUGAGGAGCCCCAGUGAGCAUCCACACCAGGGGCCUGGGCAAGACGAUGGACAUGAUGAGCAGGAGCAGGGGCAAGGGCUGAGUCCAGAGCGUGUGGAGGACUAUGGGAGGACACACAGGGGUCACUACCAUUACAGACGGCGGCGCUGCUCGCGUAGGAAGUUGCAUCGGAUCCACAGGAGACGCCGGUCAAGCAGGAGGCGGAGACGUUCCUGCCGCCACAGGAGGCGGCAUCGUAGAUGCAGCAGAAGAUCCCGAAGGAGGAGGAGAUGUAGGUGCAGGAAGUGUAGGAGGCGCCGCCACUAA